AGUCAUGAGUAGGCACACGUGGUUCCCUUUGCAGUACAUCUCCAAGCCCUACUGGAGAGCAGAGAAUCACAACACAACCAACUUCUUCUCUGCGCUGUACGGCUUCCCUAACCAAUCCUUCUUCCACAGUGAUUUGGACCUGGAGGACCUGGGGGACUUUGAUAGCGGGACCAAGUAUGAGGGUGAGUCCCAGAGCCGGACGGUGAAGGCGCUGCUGAUAGUAGCCUACUCUGUGAUCAUCUGCAUCUCGCUCUUCGGCAACAUUCUGGUGUGCCACGUGGUGAUCAAGAACAAAAGGAUGCACUCCGCCACCAGCCUCUUCAUUGUCAACCUAGCCGUUGCAGACGUGAUGAUCACCAUUUUGAACACCCCCUUCACGCUGGUGCGGUUUGUAAGCAGUACCUGGGUGUUUGGAAAGCUGAUGUGUCACAUAAGCCGGUUUGUUCAGUACUGCUCCGUUCAUGUGUCUGUGCUGACCCUCGCUGCCAUCGCUCUGGAUCGGCAUCAGGUUAUCAUGCACCCUCUCAAGCCACGCAUGUCCAUGGUGAAAGGAGGGAUUUGCAUCAUUAUCAUCUGGGUUAUGGCCAGCUGCUUCUCGCUGCCUCAUGCCAUUUAUCAGACUUUGACAAGAUUUUAUAUCGGGAACAGAACAAUACGAAUGGUCUGCCUCCCCAGCUUCCCUCCUCCUGCUGAUCUUUUCUGGAAGUAUUUGGACUUGACUACUUUUGUUCUCUUGUAUGUCCUGCCCUUGCUUGUGAUCUCCAUCACGUAUACCAUGGUGGCCAAGAAGCUCUGGCUCAGAAAUGCCAUUGGGGACCUCACCAUGGAGCAAUACUAUGCCCAUCAACGGAAAAAGAAGAUGACGCUGAAGAUGCUGAUGGUGGUGGUGAUUGUGUUUGCAGUAUGCUGGUUCCCCCUGAACUGCUACGUGGUGUUGAUCUCCUGUAGGGCCAUCCACAGCAGCAACGCUCUGUACUUUGCCUUUCAUUGGUUUGCCAUGAGCAGCACUUGCUACAACCCCUUCAUUUACUGUUGGCUGAACGAGAACUUCAGAUCUGAGUUGAAGUCCUUGCUGUGCGUGUGCCGGCGAAGGAGUGCAGCCCAGAGUCAUGCUCUGCAGUCCAUCUCCCCCGCUUUUAGGCAUGCCUGGGUCGAGAACUGCCAUUAUAAAAGAGGCAGUGCCUGCCAGAAGGCCAGGGUAUCCUCCCAGAGGAACUCUGCAAAGACAGACAUAUCCAGUGUUCAGCCAAUUGUGGCAGAAAGCUAAACCCUUCAGCUGAUGGCCAGGCAGCAUA